AUCUAAAUGAAUGUGAGCGAGAUGCAAAUAUAUGCUCAGAAAAAGGCAACAGUUUCUGUGUGAACACAUUUGGAAGCUACGAUUGUCAAUGUGAACCCAGUUUUAAGGACAUUUCUGGAAUAUGUGCAUCUGUCUGUGACAUUAAAGAAUGUGAAAAUGGAGCAACGUGUAUUAUAUCAAAUGAAGCAGAAAUACCUGAGGCUUACUGCAUGUGUCCACCUGGAUAUGAAGGGGAAAAGUGUGCUGAACGUUCUCAUUUAUUUAAGGUGGCUGUUAGCGUUGGUACUACAUUCAUCAUCCUUAGUUGUCUACUAUUCGUAACAAGUGUUUUACUGGCUUGCUUAAACCAACGAAGUAAAACGUACCCUGAUGAAGACCAAUCGAUAGAUGGAGGCUGGGAUGAGUCAAAGGGCAAGGAUCAUGAAGACAGGGAAAAGCCAAACGGAGGUCACACAAGCACAGAAAAAGGCCUACAGUAUGUGGCGGUCCAAAAGGAAGGGCCGAACGGUACAGCGCUAUCUACUCUCAACAACCAACCGAGUGGAUCCACCACUAAAAUCCAAGUUGAACCAAAUUCCUACUUUUAGCAAUCUCCACCGCUGAUGUUAAAAUUAAUACAUGUAGGCCUAUAUUAAUUACGGUAGCAAUAAUUUUAUGUGAGAAUUCCUUCAAUAACAAUUUUAUAGCUUCAUGUUAUAUUAAGAUAAAUACUGACAUUCUGUAAGUAAUCGCGUCAAUUUCGAGGCAAUAUUGUAAUGUAAUUUUAUUAAACAAUAAAGUGGAAUGUAAAUAAUGAAUUCAAAAUGCAAAGCAGUUACUUA